GCUGCUAGAAUUUUUCGGCUUGAGAGUCCGCCGCAGCUGCUACUUCGGAGACUGCGGCAUUCCCGUUGCUGUUUGUCUUGGGGGCCUUCAAGUGUACAGGCAGCUGCAGCACCUCAGCAGCAGCAGCAGCAGCAGCAGCAGCAGCAGCAGCAGCAGCAGCAGCAAAGAAGGAGCCGGAAGCCGGAUGUCGCCUGCUGCAAUGGUGGAAGCAGCAGCAGCAGCUGUUGUUGCCGCUACCCCGGCCAAGUGGAGGCCGGCGCCCCUAACGAGGCGAGCAGCAGCAAGCGCUGCAGCAAAUGCAGCAGCAGCAGCAGCAGCAGAUGCAGCGGCACCAGCAGCAGCAGCAGACCUAGGAAGUUUAACCGAUGCCGCUGCAGAAGCCUUCCUUUCGCAUAUGGCUUCUUUUGACAGGGCGCUGAAGCAACAGCAGCAGCAACUGCAGCAGCGAAACAGCAGCGCAGCUGCAGCAGCAGCUGCAGCAGCAGAUGCAGCAGCAGCAACAGAUGCUGUUCUUGACUGGCAGGCACUGGCUAAGGAAAAGGCGGCAGGAGACCAAGUGGACCUUACGGCAGCUUACGUGAGCUGCAGGGAAGUCUACUGCAGCAGCAGCACUUUUGCUGCUGCUUGCCUGGCGUCGCUGGCUGCAGCAGUCUUUGGCUCGCCAGCAGCAGCAAAAACACUUAAGGCAAUUCACCAGUUUUCAGUCCGGCGCUUUGCGCAGCAACUGCGCCUCCUUCGCUUGUCUCCACAAGCAGCAGAAGGCGAGCUGCAGCAGCUGCCGCGCAUGCAGCAACUUAUUGACUUACUAGCAGCACGGGGUCUGUUGCUGCCAGUUGACAGCAGCAGCAGCAGCAGCAGCAUAGGCAGCAGCAAUAGCAGCAGCAGCAGCAGUAGUAGUACGAGCCCCCUAAAUGCCCGACUUCCUCAGCUGCAGACAGUGCCUAGCCGCACAUGCCUGUCAGUGCAGCAGCGACAACAACUGAAGCCACAGCAGCAGCAGCAGCAGCAGCAGCAGCAGCAGCAGCAGCAGCAGCCACAGGAGCAGCAGCAGCAGUCGCAGCAGCAUCAGCAGCAGCGAGAAAACGCCACAGUUGCUCUUCGACGCCAAGGGGGCACGUACACGUACAUCGCUACUGACCUCGCCACCCUCAAGUCUCGAGUGGAUAGCGGAGCCGACUGGGUGCUGCUGAUAACGGACGAGCAGCAAGCUUCUCAUUUUCGGCGAUUGUUUCUGCUGGGAAGGGAAAUAAUAAAUGACAAAACCCUCGUCAUUGUAGCGCAGCAAACCAACCCCCUUAUGCAGUGCAUGCAGCAGCAGCAGCAGCAGCAGCAGCGGCAGCAGCAAGAGCAGCAGCAGCGGCAGCAGCAGCAGCAGCAGCAAGAGCAAGAGCGGCAUCUGCAUGGGCAGCAGCUGCAGCAGCAGCGGCGAGAACAGCAGCAUAAACAGCAGCAGCAGCAGCAGCAGCAGCAGCAGCAGCAGCAGCAGCGGCGUGAGGUGUACGUACAGCACUUGGGUGUGGGGCUUGUGAAGAGCCCCAGCGGCAGCAAACUUGCAUCAAGAGCAGCAGCAGGAGGUCUGCAGCAGUUUAUGGCAGCAGCACUCGAGGCUACAGAGUGCGAGUUGAAGCGAAGGCGCCCAGACCUCUAUGGGGCCCAACUCAAAGAAAAAGCUGAACUUAUUAAGGGCCUCAGACAAACUGCUGCGCCACCAGGGGGCCCCCAGGGGGCCCCCAACCCAAACAGCCCCCAGGGGGCCCCCCUGCUGCCGGAGUUGGGCCGGCGGUUGGCGGCGAAGGCUGCGAGUUUUGGGGUGUACGUACACCGCAGCGCAGCGUCGCUCGACCCCUCAGUGCUCGUUUCUUAUUUGCUGGACCUCGCCCGCACUUUUAAUCGUUUUUACGAAACUUCGCACAUCAUUUGCCGCAGCAGCGGCUGCAGCAGCAACAGCAGCAGCAGCAACAGCAGCAGCAGCAGCGCAUCCGCGCAGCAACGCCAGCAGCAGCAGGAGCAGCAGCAACAGGAGCAGCAGCAGCAGCAGCAGCAGCGGGAAGAGGGUUUCCUGCGCAGGGCAGGGCCAUCAGGAGGGGGAGAGGAGCCUGCUGCUGGUGAGGUGUACGUACACCCGGAGCGGCUGCUGCUGUGCCGCGCAGUGCAGCAAAUUUUUGAGAAAAGUUUCGAACUGUUGGGGAUAGAAGGGCCCCAAGACAUUUAG